GAUAGUUCAAUGCGAACUAAGAGCAUUGCGAUAAAGAAGGGGAAACCGCAACUUUUUAAUGGUUUGACAUAAUUCUCUUCCAGAGAAUUUAAAGUUAAUGUUAAAAAAUUGUUUUAAGUUCAAGUUUGCAUCAGUUAUAAUUUUUCACAGCUUUUAGUUUUUCUAGAGGUUCUUGAAAUAUGCAGAACUACGCAGAGGUUCUGAAGGACUUCGUAGAGACGCAUCGUACGGGUCUCACAGUCGCUGCUGUUGCAGGAAUAGGGAUUCUAGGUUUGCGAAGAUGGAUGGCAGGAGGGGUUUGUCGGAGCAAGGCCAGGCUGGAUGGCAAAACAGUCCUGAUUACAGGAGCAAACACUGGGAUUGGGAAAGUGACAGCCAUGGAUAUGGCUCAGAGGGGUGCCAGAGUGAUCAUGGCCUGCAGAGACAUUCCCAAAGCCUACUGUGCAGCAGAUGAAAUUCGUCAAAAAACUGGGAACAAUAACCUUUUGGUAAAGAAACUGGACCUGGCCUCACUGAAGUCUGUCAGGGAGCUAGCUGAGUACGUCCAAGAGAAUGAGAAACGCCUGGACAUCCUUAUUAACAAUGCAGGCAUUAUGAUGUGUCCUAAGUGGAAGACUGAAGAUGGUUUUGAAAUGCAGAUUGGUGUCAACCACUUGGGACAUUUUCUCCUCACCAAUUCUCUUCUUGACCUGUUGAAGAAAUCAGCUCCAAGUCGUGUUGUUGUUGUUGCAAGCAUUGCACACGUUACAGGUCGCAUUCACUUUGAUGACAUUAACCUAGAUAGAAACUAUGAUAAUUUGGUGAGCUAUCGGCAAAGCAAGCUGGCAAACAUUCUCUUUGCCAGGGAAUUGGCUGCAAGACUGCAAGGCACCGGUGUGACGGUGUACAGUCUUCACCCUGGACUGAUUCGCACUGAGUUAGGUCGCCACCUGUUCCCUCAUUGGUCUUGGUGGAAAAGGAUGAUUGCCUCAGUCCUGAUGAUGAUUGUUAAAAAUCCCUGGGAAGGAGCCCAAACCAGCAUCUACUGUGCUGUGGAGGAGAGUCUGGCAAACGAGAGCGGCCUCUACUAUAGCGACUGUGCUCGCAAAAAGCCUGCAGCUCCAGCUCUAGAUGACGCUGCUGCCAAAAGGUUGUGGGACCUCAGUGCCUCCAUGGUCGGUCUUUCCUAAACAUGGCUUCCUCACUUCAGUAGCCACUUCCUUCCACUGGAGUCGGUAACCCUGUUUACAUGGGAGUACAAAGAGCUUCAAUUUAAUAUAUUUUUUUAAUCACUAAUGGGUAUUUGCAUUAAUUAAGAUUUUUCACAUGCUUGUAUUUCAAAGCACUUAAAUGCUUUCAGCCAGCACAAUUAUUUGCACUAUUUGCUCUUAUUCUAUUGAAGCAACACUUGCCAUAAAGAGGUGCUAAGCUUUAUUUUUAUAUCACAAACAAUUUAUGUAAGCAUAAUCUUUUUUUCUUUUAUUGUAUUAGAGGUGUAAGAAUACAUGUGUUCUUGCCAAACUGUGACAGUCUGAUGUUUUCACUCAGAUUUAUCAGAUACAGGACAUCAUAGGUCUUGUAGUCAAGAGGAUGGACAUAAGGCUUUUUUGUGAUCUGUUUAAUACCAAUAGAAAACAUUAGUCAAUAAAAAAUGUUAGUUAAAGCAGUUCAAGCGUUAGACAUGUGACUGUUUCAAUCAAACAUCCAUCAAACUUAGGCUCCUCAAAAGGCUAUAGGCAACAAAUUAAAACAGCAAAAAAGUAUAAAAAAGCAGCAGAACACAAAUCAACCAUUGUUCCUCAGACUAGAAAGAGUUGGAUAGUUCUGUAAACUACUUUUGGAAGAGUUUGUAAGGCAACAUAUUGUUAUCACCAGAUUUCUUCCUUCCAAGUUUAAAAUGUUCUAGUCACUGGAGAGUCCUGCAGCGACAAAGCAAAGCUCAACUAGCUUUCAUAUUCCAUAAAUAUCCAUGUUACUCACCUGUUUUGCUAAUGUUAUCAGAUCUCAUCAGAAGAAACCAUUGCACAUAUUAAAGCUGUUUGAUUAUUAAGGUAAGGGCACUGAUAUAGUUUAAGAAGCACAAGAUCUUAACAAUACAGAAGUUUGGAGACUUAUUUUAUGUAAUCAAAAAUAUUUAAUUUUUUUGUGAUAAAGCAACAGUGAGCACCAACUGGUUUAUUUGUGGAAACUAAAACAGUCAUUUAUGAAUAUAUGAAUGAAGAACUGUACCCAGUAUUUGGGUAUUUAUCAUGCAAUUAUGCCUUAUCUUUCCAUAUACUUUGACACUCCUAUUUAUCACUCAAAUGUUCCAUUAUUUAGAUGAUUGUGGAUGCUUUCACAAAGCAAUAUUAUUAACAAUUUAAAUUCACAGCAAAGCUACAGAUUUUCAAGAAUACACAAGAAACAAUGAAGGCUUUAAAACCUUUAUUGGCGGUAUUUUACAAAAGAAGACAACUUUUAGUUUUAUGUUCAGUUCUAUGUCCGCUCAAGAAGUAAAAAAAAAAAAAAAAAAAGUGAAGCAAGAGGUUUCUGUAAAGGAAAUAGCUCUUGACCCGUGACGACAGCGCUUGGAGGAUUGUUGCACUUUAGAAGAGAUGAGAUCCUGAGAAUGUAAACGUCUCUGGGGCGCAGAACAGAUUGGAAGAAGAAAUACAGCCAAGAGGAUUGCACAGCUCGCCCUAAUAUGAGAUAAUGUUUGCGAUGCUAGGGCAAGGCUCUUUUUUAUUCCUUUGAUAUAAAGAUUUUCUGUGUGUGGUAAUGGUAACUGAGUGUAAUAUUCUCACUAAUAAAAGUCCAAAGAAAAGAGGCA